AUGAGACGCUCUGUGUUUACUCAAAGUCAUCUAAGGGAGUCUCUAUAUCACCCUAUCUCUCUCUCUCUCUCUCACCCCCAUCCCUCUCAAUUUCUCUCUCUUUCACCCCCAUCUCUCUCUCUCUCAAUUUCUCUCUCUCACCUCCAUCUCUCUGGCCACAUCUCUCGCUCAUUUCCAUCUCUCGCUCUCAUCCCAGCUCUCUCUCAUCCCAUCUCUCGCUCUCUCUCAAUUUCUCUCUCUCACUCCCAUCUCGCUCUCACCCCAUCUCUCACUCUCAUCCCAUCUCUCUCUCUCUCUCACCCCCAUCUCUCUCACUCCCACCUUUCGCUCUCACCCCAUCUCUCACUCUCAUCCCAUCUCUCUCUCUCACUCCCAUCUCUCGCUCUCUCCCUAUCUCUCUCUCUCAUCCCCAUCUCUCUCAAUUUCUCUCUCUCACCCCAUCUCUCUCACCACCAUCUCUCUCACCGCCAUCUCUCUCUCUCACACCCCCAUCUCUCUCAUUCACCACCAUCUCACUCUCACCCCAUCACUCUCACCCCCAUCUCUUUCACUCACCCCCAUCUCUCUCACUACCAUCACUCUCUCACCCUCAUCUCUCGCUCUAACCCAUCUCUCUCUCACCCCAUCUCUCUCUCUCACUCCCAACUCUCGCUCUCACCCCAUCUCUCUCUCACCCAUCUCUUUCUCACCCCAUCUCUCUCUCUUACCCCAUUUCUCUCUCUCUCUCUCUCUCUCUCUCUCUCUCUCUCUCUUUUAUCAUCCUUCCCAGGAGUUUUUCGCUUGUUAACUUUCAACAGUAUUUGCUUUCUCUCCCCUCCACGCAACUGCUAUGCCCUUGCCCACGAACGGCUCGAACUCUAUCCUGUGCUUUCUAUUGGUCAACAUCGUCCCCGCCCAACUCGCUUUUUCGACUUCAUUUUAAAUCUCUCGCCUAACAAGAUGACCUUUGCCUGCCCGGACGACGUUUUUUAUUCGCUUCAAGUUUGUGUUCUCUUUUCUUUUCUUUUCUUUUCUUUUCUUUUCUCUUCUCUUCUAUUUUCUUUUCUUCUUUUCAUUUGUUUUCUUCUCUUCUUUUCUUCUCUCUUUACUUUUUUCUUCUCUCUUUACUUCUUUUCUUCUCUCUUUACUUCUUUUCUUUCCUUCUCUUCUUUUUUCUUCUUUUCUUCUCACUUUCUUCUCUUUUGUCCUCUUUUUUUUUCUUCUCUUCUUUUCUUCUCUCUUUUCUUCUUUUCAUUUCUUCUCUUCGCUUUUCUUUUCUUUUCUCUUCUUUUCUUUUUUUGCAUUCUUUUCUUCUCUUUGUUUUUCUUCGCUUCACUUCUUUUUUCUUCUUUUCUUUUUUGUUCUCGUCUCUCCUUUUCUUUACUUUCCUUUUCUCCUCUUCUCUUUUCUUCUUUCCUUUCCUUUUCUUUUUUCUUUUCUUCUCUUUUCUUCUUUCCUUUUCUUUUUUCUUUACUUCUCUUUUCUUCUUUCCUUUUCUUUUUUCUUUUCUUCUCUUUUCGUCUUUCCUUUUCUUUUCUUCUCUUCUUUUCUUCUCUUCUUUUCUUUUCUUCUCUCUUCUCUUCUUUUCGCUCUUUUUCUCUCUCUCUUCUUUUCUUCUCUCUUUUCUUCUUUUCAUUUCUUUUUUCUUUUCUCUUCUUUUCUUUUCUUCCAUUCUUCUCUUCUCCUUUUCUUUUCUUCUUUUCUCUUCUUCUCUUCUUUUCGUUUCUUUUUCUUUUCUUUUCUCCUUCUUUCUCCUCUUCAUUCGCCCUUUUUUCUGUUCUCUUCUUUUCUUCUCUCUUUUCUUCUUUUCAUUCCUUUUCUGUUUUCUCUUCUCUUCUCUUCUCUUCUCUUUUCUUUUCUUUUCUUUUCUCUUUUUUCUCUUCUUUUCUUUUCUUCCAUUCUUCUCUCUUUCUUUUCUUCUUUUCUCUUAUUCUCCUCUUUUCUUUUUCUUUUCUUUUUUCUCUCUUUCUUUUUUUUCUUCUCUUUUCGUUUAUUUUAUUUUAUUCUUUUCUUCUCUUCUUUUUUCUUUUCCAUAUUCAUCUUUCUUUCUCUUUUUCUUUCUUCCUUCUUUCUUUUUUUCUUUCUUUUUUUCUUCUUUUUUUCCUUCGUCUUUCUUUCAUUCUCUCUAAGCAUAUUCAUCUUUCUUCUUUCUUUCGAUUUCUUUCUUUCGAUUUCUUUCAUUCUUUCUCUCUAAACAUAUUAAUAUUUUUUUACUUCCUUCUUUUCAUCCUUUCUUCUUUCUCUCUAAGUAUAUUCAUCUUUCUUUCUUUCUCCUUUCUUUAUUUCUUAUUUCUUUCUUUCUUUCUUUCUUCCUAUCUCUCUAAGCAUAUCCAUCUUCCUUUCUUUCUUCUUCUUUCCUUUCUUUCUUCUUUCUGUUUUUCUUCCUUCCUUCCUUCCUUUCUUCCUUCCUUCUUUUUUCUCCUUUCUUUCUUUCUUUCUUUCUUUCUGCAUAAGCAUAUUCAUCUUACUUUCUUUCUCCUUUCUUUCUUCUUUCUUCUUUCUUUCUCUCUAGGCAUAUUCAUCUUUCUUCUUCUUCUUUCUUUCUCCUUCCUUUCUUUCUUUCUUUCUUUCUGUCUGUCUUUCUUUUUCCUUCCUUCCAUUCUUUCCCCUUUUUUCUUUCUCCUUUCUUUCGUCUCUCUUUCUUUUGUUCUUCUUUCUUUCUCUCUCUCUAUAAGCAUAUUCAUCUUUCUUUCUUUCUUUCUUUCUUUCUUUUCCUAA